AUGCCUGUCGUACUGAAUGUUGGGGGAACGAAGUUCUAUACCUCACUCGAGACAGUGAAGAAGAACCCGGGUCCUCUAGAUAAAAGCAUCUUCGCAAAUAUGAAUGUUGUGAUAUAUCCUAAAUAUCUCCGUGAUGGUUACGUGAGAGUUGAUGGAAACGCAGCUAUCCGUGCUCAGCUAAAGCGCGAAGCUCAGUUCUAUGGGCUCGAAAACCUUGUGCAGCAAAUCGAGCGUCAAUCGCCCAUGACUAUGGGGGUUAUCUCUCCCGAAGUUCGCGAGAGUCUCCCGCCUGGUUCAUACUUCGCCACCUAUUACUAG